AUGCCUGCCCCUCCUGCCCUCGGUGCCUUGGGCGUGACCUUUACGGUCAUGAGGGCUCUGCAGGCCGUUGCGCUGGUUACCAUAAUUGGCCUGACGUCCAAUUUCAUCUCCGAGAUGGUGAAUGCUAGCUAUGUGCCUCCGUCUCCCUUGGUCGGCACUCUUGUUGUUGCCUGCAUUACGGUGGUUUACACAGUCAUCACAUACAUUUUGUACUGGGACUCUCUGCUGCCGCUGCUGGUGUCCACGGCUGCCGAUGGCCUUUGCCUCAUUGCCACCAUUGUGGUGGCUUGCGUUGUCGGCAGACCCGUCAGCUAUCUGUCCUGCCCUGCGUUGCCUGACGGGGGCAGCACCGCCAACUUUAUUCACUCGCUCUUCAUGAACCUGGGACGCCAGAACUACUUUGAGUGGGUGGAUCCCGACAAGGCCACCUGCUUCGAGAUCAAGGCCGUUUGGGGUCUCAGCAUCUGCCUGUGCGUCCUCUACUCCAUGUCGGCCAUCACGUCGGCUUGUCUCUGGAAGCGCAUCAAGGGCGGCGGUCGCCCCCCCAGGAAAGACUUGGAAUGA